GUUACGGUUCUGCCUCCGUGUCGGUGUUUUCUGUCAGAUACUAACGGAGCGACGCGCACCGACUGACGGCGACAAACUGGCAUUAAAAACCCCGGACAUCUGUGGCAUUAAGUCAGGUGUUUAGAUCAGAGCAGCCAGAGCGAGAAGCAUGGUGACCAAAAAAGUUCGGACGGAGUACAUGAAAAAAUUCAGGGAUCCCAAAUGGGAAACGUUUUCCAAAUGUUACGAAGACUCACUGAAGUACCGUCUGACCCGGCGGGUGAUGGAGCAUUCCCACAAGCCCUGGUUCUGGGAAGGCUGGGACAGCGGCUCCGACUCCAGUGGCUGGUCCACGCCAAGACUGACCAGGAACAAAGUGGUCCCUCUGUCCCUCCCACCUCCAACCAAGUCUGAAGUGAAACAGAGGCUUCUGGAGCUGAGGUCCAGCUUGGAGCCAAAACCACCUUCUGAGAGCGGAGACACAGAGGCGGGACCUGAAGACGGAACGGACGCUGCUGCCGUGGCAACAGCAGCAGUCUUAGAAAAUGGUGUGAAUGAAGAAGCCGUCACUGAUCCACCGGUGGCUCCGAACACCAACGGCCCCUCUGACGACUCAGCAACCGACAACGGACCCGCUGACACGGCGUCCUCGGAUGGGGAGCAGCCAGUCAACCAAAAACCAAGACAACGCCACCGCCGCCGCACCCCUCGCUCAGAGCCGGGGCACAGAGAUGGAUCCAACGACAACAAACCAGCUGUGGUCCGAAAACCACAGAGAGCCAAGAGCCAACCACCGAGCAGCACUAAGGAGAAGGAGAACCAUCGAACGUCCAGUCGACUGGACCUGAGUGAGAUCAGGAGGAUGGCGAAUGAUAGUCUCACAUCGGACACCUGUGUUCAGACCUGGAGGGAGUCCAAUAAGCGCCGCUCUAACCUGGACCGGCGGCGGGCACGGUCAGCUGACCUGGAGAAGAUGAGCCGGCAGCUGACGGUGGCAGAUGACCGCUGGAUGACAGAGUACAUGCGCUGCUUCUCGGCCCGGCUGAGGUAGAAACAGAUCCACCUCUACCCCUGAGAGCCGGAGGGAGGACGUCGUUUGUGUGUUUGUUUGUUUGCUUGAUUGUUGGUUUGUUUGUGAGGGUGAAUAAAAAGACAGACGGGCCUCGUAGUUCAGCUACUUCAUUAUAAACAGGACAGACAUUUUCAUCAAAGAGGUGAAAAAGUGGACAGAGCUGCUGGUAAAGGAUAUAUUUAACCUUAAUAUUAUUUCCAAAAUAAUGUCUUAAAGAGUAUCCAGGGUCAUCAGGAGGAUAUCAUCCUUCCAUAUACACAUCAGGUUGUGAUAUUUUGUGUGUUUGUGUGUCAGAUAUCAAAUGGAUGCGUCCAUCUUCAACUGUUUAUUGAUAUUUUCCAACAGCAAAACAUUCAAGACUGGAAAUAUAUUGUUAUAUUAAAAACAGGAUUCAAGACUAAGAACCAAAAAUGAGUUGAAAAUCGAAUCAAAUUUUAUUUAUAUAGCACCAAAUCAUAACAAAAGUUAUCUCAUGACACCUUCCAUUUAGAGCUGGACUAAAUCAGACUCAUUAUAAGCCAAUUCGUACACAUCCAACAGAAUCCUCCAGGAAACUUAAGUAUAAACAAUUAAUACCACUACAUAAAGUGAGGGUUGUUACUAAAAUACCAGAUAUGGCUAACUCUUCUAUGUGAAAGACAAUUAGUUUUAUUUUUAGGUGUGUGUUUAGGUGUGUGUGUUUGAGUUAAA